AUGAGCAGCAGCCGUGUACUGAUCGUGGGUGGCACUGGCCACAUGGGUCGAAGGAUGGUUCGAGCGAGCCUUGCACUGGGCCAUCCCACAUAUGUGCUAUUUCGAGACGAGAACAUUAAUGACAUGGAAAAGGUGGAGCUGCUCCUGGAUUUGAAACAAGAGGGUGCACACCUUGUGUCCGGCUCAUUCGAUGACCGUGAUAGCCUUGUGCGAGCUGUUAGGGAUGUGGAUGUGGUCAUCUCGGCCGUUGCAGGAAACCAUAUCCAAGAUGCCAUUUUGGAGCAGCUGAAGCUCGUAGACAUCCUCAAAGAAAUGGGCCAUAUCAAGAGGUUCUUACCUUCUGAGUUUGGAAUGGACCCGGAUCGGAUGGCCGACGCUCUACCUCCUGGCAACCAACUUUUUAAAGACAAAAGUCGGGUCAGACGUGCGAUCGAGGAGGCUGGCAUUCCACAUACCUAUGUGUCUGGAAAUUGUUAUGCUGGAUAUUUUCUUGGGGGCCUAGGUGAAAUUGCAAAGGGUCUGAUCCCACCACGCAAACACGUUACACUGUUUGGAGAUGGCAAUGUCAAAGCGGUGUGGAAUGAUGAAAAGGACAUCGCAACGUACGUCGUAAAGGCGGCCCACGAUCCACGUACGCUAAACAAAGCGAUAUUCGUUAGGCCUCCAGCGAACGUAUUGUCGCAGAGGGAGGUGGUGCAGAUAUGGGAGAAACUGAUUGGCCAUGAAUUACACAAGGCAUGCAUUUCAGCCGAAGAUUGGUUAAAAACCAUGGAAGGGAAGCCAUUGGGGUUGCAGGUAGCCAUUGUUCACAAUAUUCACCUGUUUUACGAAGGAUGCUUGGCAAAUUUUGAGUUGAGCAGUGCCGAGGAAGCUUCAAAGCUCUACCCAGAAGUCAAAUAUACAACUGUUGAAGAAUACUUGAAGCGAUAUGUAUAAGGACACGUUUCGAUACAUUAUCAAACUAAAUCGCAGUUAUUAGUUUAACGUGG